AUGGAAGAUCUGCUGCUGCUGCUCGCUAACAGCAGUAGCAGCAACAAUAACAGCAGCAGCAACAACAACAGGGCUUCUUCUAUGAAGCGCAGCAAAGACUGGGAGCAGGGUUCCUUUGGUGCUGCUGUUGCUGCUGCUUCGUUGCUGCCUGAGACCCUCAGACUGGAGGAGACUUCUGCUUUGGGGGACCGCAGCAGCAGCAGCAGCAACUCCUUCUUGCAGUUUCUGUCGGUUUUUGAGGGGGGAAAGGCCUGCUGCAAGCUGCUGCGGCAGCAGCAGCAGCGCAGUGCGCAGGCGCUGCAGCAGCUGCUGCAGCAGCCAGAGAGUGUGGGGAGGGCGGUGUCGAGGCAGCAGCAGGAGGAGAGAGAGUUACUUGUUGCUGCUGAUGCUGCCGCUGCUGCUAACCGGCGGGACGCGGAUGGGUCGCAGCCGCUGCUGCUGCUGCAUAGGGAUCCGCUGCCUGCUGCUGCUUGCUUAACACCUGAAAUGCUGCAGCAGCUGUGCAUCGGUAUCUUAAGUUGCUUUUCCUAUUAUGCAUGCACCUGCAGCAAGCUGGAAGCCAGCGUUGCUGCUGCAGCGACCAUUGCAGAAGCUGCAGCGGCAGGCUCCAUCAGGGGCAGGGAGGCGCCGGGGCUUGACAGCAGUAGAGAAGAGCCUACAGGUGCUGCUGCUGCUGCUGUUUGCGCACAGCAGGCAAUGCUGCAGCAACAGCAGCUGCUGCUGCACCCCGAUAACCACUCUGCCUUCAUUGCAGCAAAGUUUGCUGCAGCUCUUGCAAACCCCGAGGGUUUCAAACCCCUCACUACAGACAUCCUCAUGCCCCAACCGGUCGUGUUGCAUCUACAGCAGCAGCAGAAGCAGCAACAGCAGCAGGACGGAGGUGUUGAGGAGUCUGCGCUAGACGAUAGGUGGGCUUCCCGCUUAGCAGACGAGGCUCUGCUGCCGUUUGGAUGGACAUUCACCGCAGAUGGCAGAAAAAAGAGUACUACUCUUCUAGAGGAGCAGCAUCACGAAGAGGAUCCUGCUGCUGCUGCUCAAGCGUCUGCUGCUGCAGCAAGCCGCCGUGCGGAGGAGGUGCUGCUGCAGCUGAAUGCUCUCCCCGAGAGCAGCAGCUGGGCUUACUUUCCUGUAGGGGAGGAGUUAAUGCUGCAACUGUGUACAACCCUUGGGGCUUUGCUGCAUGCCCGCAGCAACAUGGGCAGCAGCAACUUGCCCUUCUGGGCCAAUGCAGCUGCUGCUACUGGUGCAGCAGAGACCCACACCAACGCAGAUGCAGCGGCAAAAGAGGACGCUGACCUGCUGCUUGCUGCAGAGGAUGCCACGCUAGCGGAUGAACAGGCCGUCUUCUUCUUAAAUCAGGCAAAAGCUGCUGCCGCUGCAGCAAACAGCAGCAGCAGCAGCGUGCAGCAGGGUUGUAGCGGGGCCUCUGCGGUGGUGCCGGUUGUAGCUGCGCAGCAGCAGUUGCUGCUGCUGCUGCUGCUGCAUCAGGCAUACCAUUUCGGGUGCAGCUGCAGCUGUUGCCCCGCAGCAGCAAGGGGCUGCUGCCGCAGCACCGCACACCUAGUGCUUCGUGCUGCAGCAACACAGCGCAGGAGCUGCCAAGAGCUGCAGCUGAAGAAGGAAGAGAGGGAACCUGCAGGCUCAACAGGCAGGCGGCCUCUCUGGCUUCUUCUGCAGCAGCAGCAGCUGUGCAGGCAGCUGCAAGCAGCAGCCCGAAGCUGCAUGCACAGGGCAGAGAGGGAAUGGCUGCCGCGCAGCUACUGGGCCUUUGCCGCCCUACACGCUUUAAAGUAA